AUGACGGACGCUGCGGCGGUGAACGGCAGCGGCGCUGCCGACGAGCUGGCUACGAAGCUGGACGCGACCAAGCUCCCCGAGGCCUCCGAGGCCCCGCCCACCGGUGACCAUGCCGAGGGCGAUGAGGACGACGAGGACGACGAGGACGAGACCCCCGGCGCGGGCGAUGCGGAGAAGAAAAAGAAGAAGAAAAAGAAGAACAACAAGAAGAAGAAGAAGAGCGGUAAGCCUGCGCUCGUGCAGACCGAGCCGCCGACGAUCCCAGUCAGCAAAAUGUUCCCCAGCGGCGUGUACCCCGUCGGCGAGAUCCAGGAGUACGACACGUCCAAGUUUGACGAGUCGCGCAAGCGCGUCACUGGCGAGGAGCUGCGUGAGCGCGAGCGUAUCCAGCAGCAGGCGGAAGGCUACGACUACCAGCUUGUGCGCCGCGCCGCCGAGGUGCAUCGCCAGGUGCGCCAGUACGCCCAGCGCACGAUCCGCCCCGGCAUGAGCACGACCGAGAUUGUGAAUUUGGUCGAGGACGGCACCCGUGCGCUUGUCGAGGCAAACGGCUUCGAGAGCGGCAUCGGUUUCCCGACCGGUGUGAGCCUGAACGAGGUGGCUGCGCACUACACGCCGAACGCAGGCGACAAGCGCAUCCUCCAGUCGUCCGAUGUGCUCAAGGUCGACUUUGGUGUGCACGUCAAGGGCCGCAUUGUCGACAGUGCCUUUACGCUGAACUUUGAGCCGACCUGGGACCCCCUGCUUGCGGCGGUCAAGGAGGCGACGAACGCGGGUGUCGCUGCGGCCGGCAUCGACGUGCGCCUCGGCGACGUCGGCGCGGCCGUCCAGGAGGUGAUGGAGUCGCACGAGUUUGAGGCCGAGGGCAAGACGCACCAGGUCAAGUGUGUGCGCAACCUGAACGGCCACAACAUCGAGCCCUUCCGCAUCCACGGCGGCAAGUCGGUGCCGAUCGUCGCGAUGCCGAACCUCGACGUGAAGAUGGAGGAGGGCGAGUACUUUGCCAUCGAGACGUUCGGCAGCACAGGCCGCGGUCUCGUGAUGGACUCGGGCGACUGCUCGCACUACGCCCGCAAGGCGAACCCCCCGAGCGUGCCGCUGCGCGUGAGCAGCGCGCGCCAGCUCCUCUACACGAUCAACAAGAACUUUGGCUCGCUGCCCUUCUGCCGCCGCUACCUCGACCGCCUCGGCGAGCAAAACUACCUGCUCGGCCUGAAGCACCUCGUCUCGCAGGGCAUCGUGCAGGACUACCCCCCGCUCGCAGACAUCCCGGGCUCGAUGACCGCCCAGUACGAGCACACGAUUCUCUUGCGCCCUACCUGCAAGGAGGUGGUGUCGCGUGGCGACGACUACUAG